AUGGCACCUGUUCAAGGCUUGUGCUUCCUCAACCAGGAUCCAAGUCUAGUGCCUGAGCUUAUGGUCAAUCCUGUUCUGAGAUUGCCUGUGGGACAUGGAAUGCCAGCUCCUCUGAGUGGUGGUCCUGCAGAUCCACCACAAGGUACACAAUACAACAGCAUCUCGGAUAUCUCAAGCCAAGAGAUUAACCUACUGAGUCUCAAACAUCCAGCACCUGCUCUUGCAACAACAGAAACACUGCAGGUGGUCCAGAAGGUGAAGAUCAGGGAAGGUGGUAGCCAAGGUCGUGUUUCAUGCAGCGACUUUGGUGGCCUUUACUCAGCUGUCAUUCAACUAGCUGCUGAAAGUCAUACCUGGUCCGGUGAGGCAUGGAAUGUAGCCUGUCGUGCAAAUGGAGUGAGAGUUGAGUAUGAUGAGGAUGCAUACAAACUGAUAAAGUUGUGUGGCUCAAAUCUAUGGAGUGAACUCAAAACUCUUAUGUGCCCACUCAUGGCAGCCAAGUUUGGCUUCAUUGAUGAGAAGAUACCAGCAGCUAUCAAGUUGAAUGCUGUGCUAGCGGCAGCUGUGCUGGUGAAUCAUAAGAACUUGACUUAUAAGGACUGUCAGCAGUGUAAAGGUGCCUUCGAAGCCAAGUUGAUCAAGAAAGUAUCAAUGGGGGUUAAAUAUCCAAGCUAUUUCAAGGAUGGAGAGACAGGUGGGGUGACAUUCGGGAUCAUUGUCGUGCUGUUGACUGCAGCAGAAGCAUGUCUCAUGGAUAGUGAUUCAAAGUCCGGUCUGUCUUACUAUGACCUAUUGGUCCGGUUUUACAAGGGCACCAAGCAAGCAGAGAUUGUCUCAAAAAUUUGCAAGAAGCUCUUGAAGUCUGUGUGUCAUCAUGCUAGCAUUCCAAACGAUCCCAUUGCCACAGGAUUCACUGAACAAUUCACAAUGGACAAAUUUGCUGCAGCGGCAGCAGAAUGGGAAUACUGA